AUGUCUCCUGCUAUGUCGUCUCUCAGGCGAGACGGCCCAACAUUGGCUUCCUCCACGCCAGACGGCUUCCAUGUACAAGCAUACCAAAAGAAGUCCCCCCUCAUCGAGGAAAAGGCAUUGAAUGCGAGUCAGACAGCGUGGGCUUCUCCUGGUCAAGCGGCGUACGACUUCCGCUCCGAUUAUGUUACUUCGCCGAACGCGGAUAUGCUUGCCUCUAUUAUCAACACGAGCCUAUUAGACGAUGUAAUGAAGGAAGACCCUACAACAAACAACUUUCAAGAAUUUAUUGCACGACUUACAGGACACGAAGAUUCCCUUGUGGUCAUGUCUGGAACAAUGGGUAAUCAGGUUGCUCUCCGAGCCGCCCUUCCGGCCCCACCGUACAGCAUUCUUUGUGACAGCCGAAGCCAUAUACUUGGAAUGGAGGCAGGAGGACCAGCCACAUUGUCGGCAGCGUUAUUAGAAGGCAUAAUUCCGUCCAAUGGUCAUCACCUUACUCUCGAGGAUGUGAAGAGUCACGCCACCCUCCGGGAAGAUGUUUACGACUGUCCAACGCGGAUUAUCAGUCUAGAAAAUACGCUUUCAGGGACCAUCAUGCCCCUAGCAGAUAUUGUUGCAAUUUCAAACUGGGCACGAAGUCAGAAUCCUCCCAUCCACAUGCACUUAGACGGUGCUCGCCUGUGGGAAGCUGUAGCUGCUGGAGCAGGCAGUCUGAUAGAGUACGCCUCAUCAUUUGACAGCGUGUCUCUUUGCUUCACAAAAGGGCUGGGUGCGCCGAUUGGGUCGGUUAUCGUAGGAAGUUCGACCUUCAUCAAGCGUGCUAGGUUGAUGCGAAAACUUCUUGGGGGAGGAAUCCGUGCAGCGGGUAUUGUGAGCGCUCCAGCAAGAGUUGCCGUUGAACAGAUCUUUCUUGGCGGGCGCCUUCGUGCUAGUCAAAAGACGGCAAAAAAACUCUCUGAGCUUUGGGCGAGUUUGGGAGGAAAACUACAGCAUCCAACGGAGACCAACAUGAUCUGGCUGGAUCUAGAUGCAGCUGGUAUUGAUAAAGAGGAUUUUGCGGAUCUUGCUGAAAAGGCAGGAGUAAAGACUAUGCGUGGUCGUUUACAAGGACGACUCAUAGUUCAUUAUCAAAUCUGCGACCAUGCCUUGGAGGCCUUGGCUGAUCUUUUCACGACAAUUCUAGUGAGGAAACAGGAGCACUGUCGUGGUAAAUAA